CGCCAACUAGUGCACGAAUUCUGGGCCUCUCCGGCCGCCGUACACGUCAGCGCAGUUGCCAGCAGUAAUGAUGGCGGCGCCGGGCGAUCCUGCUGACUGCGAGAACACUGAGGAGAAUAUUUUAUAUGAUCUGCUCAUAAACACCGAAUGGCCCCCAGAGCCCGAUGUCCAGCCUCGAGGUAGCCGGGAACAUGGAGCAUCAUUUGUCCUCACUAAAGCGAUCACAGGUCCUGCGCUGUAUAUGCUGCAGUACGUCUGGUACAGUCCAGCUACGUUCUCUCUUCCUUCUGGGCUUGUCCGCUUAAUCAACAAGCAAAUCAACUGGCAACUGGUACUGACAAGUAAUGGGAAGCUCCUGGCAGCGGUACAGGACCAGUGCGUGGAAAUUAGGUCUGCAAAGGAUGACUUUGGCUCGGUUAUAGGAAAAUGUCAAGUUCCCAAAGACCCCAACCCUCAGUGGAGACGUGUAGCGUGGAGCCACGACUGUACUUUGGUGGCGUAUGCUGAGAGCACCGGGACUGUCAGGCUCUUUGAUCUCAUAGGGAGUGAACUUUUUGUCAUCCCGCCGCAAACCAGCUUCCCCGGGGACAUGGGUUAUGCUGUCGCCGGCUUGAUCUUCCUGGAGUACAAAGCCAGCACACAGUGGUCAGCGGAGCUGCUCGUCAUCAAUUAUCGGGGGCAGCUGAAGAGUUACCUAGUGAGCGUUGGAGCCAACCACAGCUAUCAAGAGAGUCACAGUUUCAACUUUGGUUGUCACUAUACUCAGGGAAUCUCCUCCGUGGUCUAUCAUGCUGGGCACCGGCUCCUUCUAGUCGGAGGCAGCGAGACAAAUGAAGAUGGAGUGUCUAAGGCGACACAGUGUGGCCUCACGUCCUGGAGGGUGCUCUCCGGCUCCCCCCAUUACAAACAAGUCACGGAUUACAAGGACGACGUGGGCGCAGCGCUGAAGAGAAAAGGAUUAUGGAGGAUUAUUAAACUGCGAUUAUCUAGCAGACAUGGAACCGAACAGGAUGGUGUUUUUAAGAUGAGCCUUUCUCCUGAUGGAACACUCCUGGCUGUGAUCCAUUUGUCUGGGAAGCUGUCCGUGUGGGAGGUGCCGUCACUCAGACACCAAGGGGAGUGGCCUCAGAGCGGGCAGCCGGGGUAUGAUGAGAUCAACCCUGAUUGGCAGAGCUCUGUGGAGAAAAGGAAAAAGAUGAAAGAUAAAGAAUCCUAUUAUCCGCUGAUGGAUGUAAAUUGGUGGGCGGACAAUGCUGUGAUCCUGGCUCGCUGUUCUGGUUCUUUGACCGUAUCGUCUGUAAAAACAUUAAAGAACCUGCUGGGGAAAUCCUGCGAAUGGUUUGAAACCUCUCCGCAGGUCACCGCAGCCCACGAUGGAGGGUUUCUCAGCUUGGAGUGUGAAGUAAAACUCGCUCCAAAGCGGUCCCGCCUGGAGAGCAGAGCCGGUGAGGAGUACGGGGACGAGGACUCAGACUGCGAUGACGAGAUGUCGGCCAAAGCCAGAUACUUUGCUUAUAUUAAACAAGGGCUUUACUUUGUUACCGAAAUGGAGCGCUUCGCCCCUCCUCGCAAACGUCCGCGCACUAUUACAAAAACCUACCGGCUAGUGAGUCUGAGGUCCACCACACCGGAGGAACUCUACCAGAGGAAGAUUGAUAAUGAAGAAUAUGGCGAGGCCUUAUCCUUGGCACACGCAUAUGAACUGGACACCGAUCUGGUUUAUCAGAGGCAGUGGAGGAAGUCAGCCGUCAACGUUGCAACAAUUCAGGAUUACCUGAGCAAAAUUAGGAAGAGAUCCUGGGUUCUACACGAAUGUCUAGAAAGAGUUCCUGAGAAUGUGGAUGCGGCCAAGGAAUUGCUGAUGUUUGGCCUAAAGGGAACAGAUCUGGAGGCUCUUGUUGCCAUAGGAAAAGGGGAAGAUGGCGGACGAUUCAUUUUACCUGGGGAUAUAGAUAUAGAAGAUAUCCCCUAUGAGGAAUUCUUGUCUCCGGAAGAAGAAGCAGAAAGCAGGAAAGAAAGGGAAAACCAGAAGCGUAAAGAACUUUUCCAGCGGGUGGAUUUUGAGAACUUAACACUUGAGCAGAAAGAGAUUUGCCGCUGUAGGCUUAAAUUGUUAACGUACCUAGAUCGUCUGUCAACGUACGAGGAGAUCCUCGGGGGGCCUCAGGCGGCUGAGAAGAGAUACGAUGCCGACUUCUUCAAGAAGUUUAGGAACCAGAAUAUUGUGCUGUCAGCGAGAACAUAUGCUCGGGAAAGUAAUGUGCAAGCACUAGAGCUUCUGUUCACCUACCACGGGUCAGACCUUCUGCCUCACCGCCUGGUCAUUCUCUCCAACUUCCCGGAGACCACGUCCCCGCAUGAAUACACCAUGCUGCUGCCUGAGGCUCGCUCUGAAUCGGGGGAGCUGAAGAUUGUCGCUUGGAGCGAGCAGCAGCACCGAGACAAAGACUGGUGCGAGGAGCCCCAGUGCAAGGUAAAGGUUGAGACCAGCAUAUCAGACUUGGCUGAGUUUCUAUAUGAGGAACAGCCGGAAUUGCUUGUGUACAAGACAGACUGCCUUUCCAUCAACAUAGUGAAGAACUGGUACUGGAACCGAGCAGAGGAAAUAGAAAAGUAUGCCAGACAGGUGGAUGGCGCUCUGUCCCUGGUACGCCUGGGGAAGGAAAAGAAUAUCCCGGGCCUGCAGCUGCUGUGCGAUGAUUUGGUCACACUGGAGACGCUCGUCUAUGAGGCCGAAUGCGAUAUGUCAUUAACUCUCAAAGACCUGCAGCAGAUCAAGGACAUCGAUAAACUGCAGCUUCUUAUGGCAAAUUCAGAAGACCGACAGCGGGAUCCUGACGGCCAAAAUCCCCACACGUCCCCAGAGUCUUCAGAAGAACAGUAUGUAAAAAACACCUAUCAGUGGAUGGUUCCUUUCCUUCACCGCUGCGAGGCUCAGACCCCGGGACUGGCGAACACUCUCCUUAGACACUACAUUGUAACCUUGGCAAAGGAUGACCUCAAGCUGCCUCUGAAGAUCUUUCAGCAUUCCAAGCCCAAUUGCCAGCAAAAGCUAAUUCCUGAUCAGGACCAGCUCAUUAUAAUAGCCUUGGAGUCUAUCUACACGUGUGAGCGAGAUGACCAGCUCUCCCUGUGCUAUGACGUCCUGGAAUGCUUACCCCAGAGGGGUUAUGGCGUGGAGACAGACAUAACUAAAUCUCUGCAUGACAAGGUAGAUCAGCUCGAGCAGAUCCUCAGUGUGUCUGAGAUCUUGGAGAAGCACGGCCUGCAGAAACCCAUAUCGUUUGUGAAGGAAACGCAAAACAGUCUAGAAGAAGCUCAUAAGCUGAUUGUACGCCUCACCCGGCACACGGGUCGCAAACAGCCUCCGGUCAGUGAGAGCCACUGGAAGGGACUUCUUCAGGAUGUCCUGGAGAUGCAGCAGAACGUGUACACGUGUCUCAGUGUGGACAACUGCUAUGAGAUAUUUGCUGAGAGUUUACUGUGUUCGAGCCGCCAGGAGAUAAUCCAGCUGGCUGGGCAGAUGAUGCAUUGCAAUGUGGUCUCUAUAGAUCCUCCUAUAAGCAUCAGCUUUAAAGGAAUGCCCGAGUACAGGGUCAAGUAUGAGAAGAGCGUGGACCUGGUGCUGGCAGCCAGCAGAGAGUACUUCAAUUCAUCUGCCACCCUCACUGACAACUGCAUGGAUUUGGCAAGGAGCUGCUUACAGCUAAUUACUGACUGUCCCGAUUCCGUGCAGGAGGAACUUGACCUAAUACGUUCCCUGGGUUAUCUGGAAGAAUUUGGAGUAAAAAUUCUGCCAUUGCAAGUGCGCUUGUGUUCCAGCCGGCUCAGCCUCAUCAAGAAGUGUAUUUCUCAGUCCCAGACCAGCUACAAGCAGUCAGCAAAACUGCUGGCUCUGGCACGGCUGCUGAGAGUUGCAGGAAAUGAAGAGAUGGAGAGGACAGGACAAGUUCUUACUCUUUUAUCUGAGCAAGCACUGGAGUGCCAAGAUUACAGGGCUGCUAAUUCCCACUGCCAAGAACUUAUGGCUUCAGGGUACAGUAAGAGCUGGGAAGUGUGCAGCAAAUUGGGACAGUGCGAGAAUUACAGCGACCUUGGCACCCGUCAGGAACUGAUGGCCUUUGCUCUGACUCAUUGCCCUCCAUGUGCCAUACAGACACUGCUGGCUGCAAGCAGCUCUUUGCAAACACAGAUUCUCUAUCAAGCAGUAAAUUACCAGAUACAGCCGGGUGGUGGAGAAGGGCCAGACAAUUCACAACACUCCGGACCUCCUGUGUCGGCAGGUAGAGAAGCCACUCAGGGUGAUGCCAAGGUCCUGCCUGCCCAGCCUGUGGACUUGCUGCAUCGAACGACCGCCACGACAAUGAAAGUUCUCACUAACACAACCCUGACUACUAAGGCGGUGCUGCAUGCAGUCAGUGACGGGCAGUUCUGGAAAAAGUCACUAACGUUCCUCCGCCCCCUGAAUGCUCAGGAGCCAGGUAGUACGGCAAAGACCUCCAGCGGAUCAAGCGCGGCCAGUGCUCACCUGGGCUGCCACCCUUUUUAUGAGUCCUUAAUCAAUCCGUUUAUCGCUGACAAUGAAGCCACAUAUGCGACUUACCAGCAGACUUCCCUGGAAAGCUUUGCCGAAGUUCUCCUGAGCACGGGAAAAUUAGCUGAAACCAAGAGCGAGGGGGAUAGCCUGUUCCCUGCGACAGAAGUCCUGCUGCAGUUGGCCAGCGACACUCUGCCGAAUGAUAUUACUCUGUCUGUUGCCUACCUGCUUGCACUGCCACAAGUGCUAGAUGCCAACAAAUGCUUUGAGAAGCAAUCGCAUUCAGCUCUGUCUCUCCAGCUGGCGGCUUAUUACUACAGCCUGCAAAUCUAUGCCCAUUUGGCACCGUGCUUCAAGGACAAGUGCCAUCCUCUCUACAGGGCCGACCCAAAUGUGCUCGUCAGGAUGGUUACAAGCUAUGUCUCUGAUUACGCCAAUGCCAACUGGCCAAUAGAGCUGUUGCCCCUGAUUGAACAGCUGCACUAUUACAAUGAGCGGCUGGUGGACUUCACUCAGGCUCAGAUCCUCCAAGGUCUUGGCAAGGGAGUGGAUGUGCAGAGGUUUUCCAAAGACAGCCAGUACAAAACGGAGACUAUACUAGGACUUGCUGAGACUCUUGAAGAAAACGUGUACAAGAUUUCCCUGUCCCUUGCUCAGCGGUACCAGGUGCCCCUCUGGGAGGUGUACAUGACGCACUUGGAGUACUUAUUCUGUGACAGUGGACUUUCUACAGCGAAAAUAGAGGAACGAGUCCAACACCUCGGCCUGUUCCAGACUUUAAAAACAAGCCCAGAAUCUUUUUACGAGCACAUGACAAAAUACGUGUACCCCAGCAUAGAAGGCAGAGACCUCCCCAGGAUGCUGUAUUACUUUACUCUCCUGGACAGCUGCGGCUGCUCUCAGUCUGUGAAGCAUAUCAUCAAGCCUGAUUCUCAUAUAAAGCUACUAAAAAAGCUGAAGGCAGUAGCAUCAGGUCUGGAUUACAAAAGACUAACAGAUGCCAGUCAUAGCCCCCUAGAAGCACUGGCGCCUGUGCUCACCAGUAAUAACGUAUUGGCCAUCUCUAAGCUGGCUUCUAGGAUCCCAGACUUGGACGGGACUAUGCUCUCUACCAGCUCCGUACAUGCAGCUUGGCUGAAGAAACUCUUCUGGAAUGGUGACCCCCAGCUUCUCAAGAAAGCCCCAGAGUCUGCAGCCGAAUGGUCUCAUGCCUACGACAUCUGCAGAAAAUAUUUUGACAGGCUCAGCCCCAGAGAUUUGGCUGCGUUUACUGAUGAGAUCACGUUCUCCUCACAUGCUGUUAGCAAGCUGGCGGUGGAAACUCGCACAGGUAUGACUAAGAAAACCAUCGCAGCUGCGAAACAGUUUAUUGAGAAGCAGAAGAAGAAGAACCCCGGGGAAGAAAGUGAAACCUUUGUCACUUACGUUGCGAUGUUAAGUCACCUACAGCAGUCCCAUGCUCAUCUACAGACACUCAGCCAUACUUUCCUUGAUCACUUGAGAAGUUUGGAACAGGAGCGUGCACAGAAAUAUUCUUAUUUAUAUGAUCUGUCGAGGUCUGAGAAGGAGAAGCUGCAGAACCUUGCAGUCACCAUGUGCCUAGAUGGGCAGUCUCUGAGCACCAUACAGACGUUGCUGGAAGUGGCUGUGGGUGAUUUAGGAAUCCUUCCAAAAGAUAUAGUGCAGCGUGCUACGGAGAUGAUAAUCGCCUCACUGAGUGGGAAUGUCCUAGACUCUUGUGCCAUUGAAGAUCCUUUAAAAGUGUUGGAGAGCAUUGUGAGAGAGGUGCACCUAAGUACAGAAAGGGGAGAGAAGCUGGUCUCUUCUGAUGACCUACUGGAGUGGCUACGGCCGUUUUGUGGUAAUGACUCGCUGCCAGUGAGGCCCAGAAUCGACGUUCUGCAGAUAAUGGAGCAGGCCUUUAACCUGAGCGAUGAAGACAACAAGCUUCUGGUGUUUUUCAGGACGCAGGCUGUUCUGAAGGCAUCCUGGCCACACAAAGAGGUGGAAGUGGCUGACAUUGAAAAUGAAGAAAAAAGAUGCACUCUCUUUCUAGAGCUGCUGAAUAUCAGUCACACGCGCCCAGAGUUCCAGCACUUAGCUUUACUCCUACAAGCCUGGCCUCCAAUGAAAGGUGUUAGAAUUGUGUGUCCAGAAGAUAAUCCAUGGGUGAGAUUGGUUAAGGCAAUGCUUUCCAGCUGUGAUGCCGAUCAGAGAGAGGAAACCUCAGCCGAAGUCUUAGCCUUGUGCCGGUCUUUGUACAACUCUAGACAUGCCAUCUCUACUGAGUGUAUAAAUGAGAUCUGCUCGCUGUUAUUGGGGCAAGACAUGCUGCUGACAUCACUGAAGCUAUUUAUUAACAGCAGUGACACCAGCCUUCAUUCCAAGGCACUGGAGCUGUUAACUGCAGUUACUAAGAUCACUGACUCCAACUGCGACCCUGAAAUCCUCUCUCUUCUUCUGGACGCCAAGUUACUGGUAAAAUGCAUCAGCACCGUCUACUAUCCUCAUCUGGUUAACCAUUUACUGUCCAAGCAGGAGGAUUGCCAGUGGGAUGUUGAAGAUAUCGCUAAGCAGCUACAUGAUUGUGGUUACCAAGCAGAAGCAGGGUCUCUUCUGAUGUCUUACAGGGGGACGCAUCCCGCUCUCCGAACCUUUACCUCUGCCCUCUCUAGUCUCAAACGCUGGCUAUAGAUGCUUAUAUAUUGUGCAUCAGUUGACUUACAUAAGCACUCAGCAGAAACGUGUCUUCAGCAUCCUCUGUUGAUGAACGGUGUGCUAACUGACCUAAGAGUAGGGUUCACUAAAUCCCUGUGCUAAGUAGAUCUUUAGUUUAAGUUGGAUUUGUACAAGAUACACUGUGAAUACUCAGUCUAGAGUGACCCACUUUCCACCGACCCAUUAUCCAUAUUCUGAAUAUCCUAGUUUAGGUCAGUAAGCACAGUGUUUGCAUGCAAAGAGAUCCUGAUACAGAGACAUCCCAGCUGGGGAUAUCAUGACAACUGUCCCUAAAAAUAAAUAAAUAACAGGGAUCCUUGGGGCAGAUGUAUUAACCAGGAGAAGUGAUAAAGCAGUGAUAAGCGCAUGGUGAUAACGCACCAGCCAGUCAUGACGGAUUUGAAAAAUGACAGGUGCUGAUUGGCUGGUGCGUUAUCACCUUGCACUUAUCACUGUUUUAGAACUUCUUUAUCCCUUCUCCAGGCUUAAUACAUCUGCCCCUUUAAUCCCUAUAACAGCCGUAGAAGAUGUUCACGUUAACCUUAAUAAAAAAAAGGGAGGUUGGGAAUUGUCUUGACCAUAUAUCGCCAAACGUGUUUACGUUCCACCUGGUGAUUUCAUAAGGCUCCAGUACAGUAUAUAUGGGAUUCUGGCUGUCUUUAGUGAUCCCUAUUUUUACAUUCAGUUGUAUUGUGUUUACCUGCAAAAGUGCUUAUAGACACAUAUCAAAAUUGCCCUUGUGCAUGACCUUCCAUAGGUAAGCUGCAAAGAAAUACAGAGUUAAAUGGGAAUAGUGAUGUAAGUGCUGAAUUCAAGCAGCAGUAUAAAAAACUAUAACAACAUAAACUCAACAGUCUAUAAACGAUCAUAUAAAUAGAUGGCGUCAGGGAGGACAUGUUAAUGUUCUCACAGCGUUUGGUAUCCGUAGAGUUCUAAUAGAACGAUGAAACCAUUUUAUUUGAUGUUUGUUUAAGCUGUUAUGACAUCUGAUUAUGAGAUUUCCCAACUUCAUUUGAUGUCCUGGGUGCGUAUACAGUGUAUCACUAUGUCAUUUUCAUUUGCAUAUUCAUGGCAGUAAACAUCUUGCUGGCUUUCGCAGGGAAAUGUCAGAUUGGAAAGCCAUAUUGAUAUUUUUAUGUUGAUCCAUUAAAAUAUAACAACCCAAUAAAAGAUUAAGGAUUUUCA